CAAGAGGUGGUGCUAAUCAAGGAUGAUGUUUCUGGCAAGUGUCUCCAAGCAUCUAAUCAACAAUACGCCGGUAACCAGCAGACACCGGACAAGUACUCACUAUACGACUGCAAACCAGCCAACCCGUACCAGCACUUUGUGCUGCGUGUGGAUUGCAACAUGUCUUCUUCUGGCUAUUAA